AUGAUUCAGUUCGCCGUUUACCUCACAUUGCAAGUCGUCCUAUUCCUGGCUUGGGUCUCCGGUUAUCUGGACCCGUACCAGAAAAUGAUGCAGGAGAUUAUCCUCGACGCCAUGGGCGAAACUAAAGUUUCUUAUGGACUUAAAAUGAGCUUGACGGGGAAGAAGCUUAUCGAAGAUGAGAAUUUUAGCAAGAUUCAAGACCAGAUGGGAAGCGAGCUUGCAGGAACGUUUGGAAAGGGUGGAUUUGGUGAAGGAGUAGGCUCCGUGUUGAGCAAGAGCCUGUAA